AUGAUCCUCUUUGGACCUCAGAAACAGGAGACGUUCAUCCGACUUCUUGCGCUUGCCCUCGCCGCCACCGUUGCCUUCAUUCUUCGUCUUUUUGCCGUCAUUCGCUAUGAGUCGGUGAUUCACGAGUAUGAUCCGUAUUUCAACUACAGAACAACCCAAUAUUUGACGGAAAAUGGCUACUAUAACUUUCACAAUUGGUUUGACGAGAAAGCUUGGUAUCCACUUGGGCGCAUCAUCGGUGGAACAAUUUACCCAGGUCUAAUGAUGACUUCACUGGCUAUCUUCCGUUUCUUGCAUGCUCUUCAUGUCACGAUUCAUAUCCGAGAGGUAUGUGUUUUCCUUGCCCCGCUGUUCUCGUCAUUUACAACAAUCGUGACAUAUCUGCUAACCAAGGAGUUUUCUAAUUCUGGAGCCGGGCUUUUUGCUGCUGCUUUCAUCUCGAUUGUUCCGGGAUACAUUUCUCGAUCGGUGGCUGGAUCAUACGACAACGAAGGAAUCGCCAUUUUCUGCAUGCUCUUCACUUACUACCUGUGGAUUCGCUCUGUCAAAUCGGGAUCAAUUAUGGAAGCUGCGGCAUGUGCACUUGCCUACUUCUACAUGGUUACGUCAUGGGGAGGUUACGUGUUUCUCAUCAACUUGAUUCCUCUUCAUGUUUUGGCGCUGAUGAUUACCGGUCGUUUCAACAACAAACACUACGUUGCAUACACAACGGUUUAUUCAAUUGGAACGAUUUUGUCAAUGCAAGUUCCUUUCGUCGGAUUUAUGCCAAUUCUCACUUCAGAACAUAUGGGGGCUCUUGGCGUUUUUGGCCUUUGCCAAAUUGUGACAUUCUCGCGAUGGCUUCAAAAGACGAUGUUGCCCGGUGACUAUGACUAUCUUUUCCGCUCUCUCAUUAUGCUGUUCGCGAGUGCUCUUGGACUCGCACUAGCUCUUGCUACUUUCUUUGAAAAAGUUGCUCCUUGGACAGGGCGUUUUUAUUCUUUAUUGGAUCCAUCAUACGCGAAAAACAACAUCCCCAUCAUUGCCUCAGUAUCCGAGCAUCAACCAACUGCAUGGUCAUCUUAUUUCUUCGAUCUUCAUUUCUUGGCAAUCGUUUUCCCGGCUGGAUUAUAUCAAUGCUUCAAGAACUUAAAUGACCACAACAUUUUUGUUAUUCUCUACGCACUUACCUCAAUUUACUUCUCGGGAGUGAUGGUUCGUUUGAUGUUGGUCUUGGCACCUGUCAUGUGCAUUAUCGGAGGAAUCGCUGUAAACGCCCUACUAUCUUCUUUCAUGAGAAACGUUGACGCUCCAUCUCAGACUGAGCAAGCGAAGCAAAACCUUUCCAAGAAAGACAAGGAAAAGCAAAACAAUUAUCCCUUCAAGGCAGAGAUUGCUUCAGCUGUUGUUUUUGGAGUUCUUUGCCUUUCAGCCACAUACGUCACUCAUUGUGUCUGGGUAACCAGCGAGGCUUACAGCAGCCCUUCAAUUGUGCUCGGAUCGAGGCGUGGAUUUAUGCUCGACGAUUACCGAGAAGCCUACUCUUGGCUCCGAGAAAACACACCAGAAGACGCUCGAAUCAUGUCGUGGUGGGAUUACGGUUAUCAAAUCACAGCCAUGGGAAACCGAACAGUUCUUGUCGAUAAUAACACUUGGAACAACACUCAUAUUUCUCGGGUUGGACAAGCGAUGGCUUCAAACGAGUCACAUGCAAUCGAGAUUAUGAGAGAAUUGGAUGCCGACUAUGUUCUUGUCAUUUUUGGCGGAGUUGUAGGCUAUUCAAGCGAUGAUAUAAACAAGUUCUUGUGGAUGGUACGAAUUGGCGGAAGUACUCCUGAAGGUCGUCACAUCAAAGAAACUGAUUAUUUCACAAAAGGCGGUGAAUACAGCAUGGGUAAAGAGGUUUCGCAAACAAUGAAAGACUCCGUGAUGUACAAGCUCUCGUACUAUCGAUUUGGUCAAAUUCAAACCGAAAUGGGUCAACCUCCUGGCUUUGAUCGUGUUCGACGAGAAGAGAUCGGUCACAAAGAGAUCCAGCUAGAGACGAUGGAAGAAGCCUACACAACCGAACAUUGGAUCGUAAGAAUCUACCGCGUGCUUCCAUUGCCGAACAAAGGAGUAAAACGAGAAAAA